AUGAGCUCUUCAAAGGCUUCGUCGCGGCAGCGCAGCAGCGCGGACAGUCCCAAGAAGGGCGGUAACCGUAGGCCGGCCGCACAAGGCUCGAUGAAGGCUACGGAGGCUGUCACCACCGACGCUGGCAUGAGCAGCGGAUCCGGUGUGGCCAGCCGUGUACUUCUCACGCACUACCCGGUGCACUCACUGCCGUUCUUAGAGGAGUUGCUCCGUCCUUCCGCCGCCAGUCGCAUCGCCGCUGUGGCGCUUACGGUGCACAUGGAAGAAAAAGAAGCCGCCUCUGCUCCUCUUACGGCUUCUACGACCGGCAACAGCGGAUCGGACUCGGCAUCCGCUGCUCUCCUCCCUCCUCCCCCUUCUCCUCUCCGGUCGUACGCAGCAGCAGCGACGGCACCCACCUCCGCCGCCUCGACCAAAAUCGAAGCCGAAGCCGGCAAUGAAGGCAGUGGUGGCGGUGGCCCUCAGGUGUCACGGGACAGUCCGCCAAGCACCACCACAACCACCACCAUCACCUCUGCAUCUCACCAACCCACCGUUCCUUCUCUCGCGUUGUUGCUUGAGUGCGCAACGCAGCUGAGCGGACUGUUGGCGCAGUGGCGGGCAUGCAGUGCGGCGGAGCGUCGUGAUGCGUGGGGCCGGCCCCCACAGGCACCGCCGCCGUUGACUCCGUCUCCCCUCUCAGCUGCAGCAAACAUGAAGGGAGCGGCGGGCAGUGGACCUGUACAGCAGCAGCAACCGACCCGACCAUCGUCGGAGCGCCUGCUUCAGCUGAUGGAUGUCAUUCUGUGGUACUGCCUUGCCACCGCUGAUGAGGUGAGCUUGGCGUACGGCGGGCGCUCGCACGGCACGAGCGGACGGGCCACACCGGCCCUCCCUGGCACUGCCGCUGCUGCCAAUCGGAGUGUCGGUGAUCAACCAACCUCGAUGGGGGGCAGCAGCACUCCCUUCGGCGUCCGCGGCGGUGGCGGUGGUCGUGGUGGUCGUGGUGGUUCCGUCUGCCGCAGCAGCGGCAUCAGCAGCGCCGAUCCAAUGGGUGCGAACGACUGGCUAGGAAGUCGCAUGUCAUCUACUGCCGCCUCCUCGGCUGCUAUUGGCGUACCGACGGUGACGAUGUCUGAUGAUCAGCUGGCGGAGCACCUGCUGCGACCGGCGGUGGACGCCGUGGUGUUGCUGCAGGACCGAGCGCCGUCGUCCCCACCACCCCCGGCAAGCACGACGACGCCGGCCCCGUCCGGUGGUGCGAACGCGAAGCACAGGGACAGCGGUGGGAAGGGGCGUAAGGCGACGGAGUCGGCGGACGUGGGCAAGGAGCUGCAGACGGUGGCGCUGUGGAUGCUGGCGUCGGUGCUGGUGCGGUUUACCGGUGCCCCCUUCAACGCCACGGUGUUCUUGCCGGUGCUUUUCCCGCAGGUCGACAUCCGCGGUGAGAGUGGGGUGGCGGCGCGACAUCCGAUUCUGCAGCCGCUGCUGCGCGGCGACACCCCGCACACACGGCAGCCGCAGACAAAAGAUAGCAACAGCGGCAUCAGUGGGAACAUGGCCAUGCGAUGCGGUGCUGCAGCCGCCUUAACGGCGCUCCUGCACAAGCUGCAGCCCACCCUGCUGUACGCUGAGGAGCCGCACCCGAACCGGCAAGCGUUCGUUUCCUUGGCGACGCAGUGUGGCACGAUGCUGCUGUCGCUGCACGAGAGUCUUUGUUGGGGCCUGGAGAACGAAGGCGGAGGGAGUGCUGCUACGCCGCUGCUGGGCACGUUCGCGACGGUGGUCGGGGCGACACCGUACAAUCGCUGCCCUCGCUCCCGCGCUGUCAUCCUUCAGGCGUUACAGCUGCCGGUGAUUCGGACCUACUUGGCGCAGGAGGGGUGCGCCGAGUUCGUGCCGACGACGACGCUGGCGUCGAGCGUGUUUCGCAACGAAUCGAUGCGUGGCGCGGCGACACAGCUUCUCUACGAUAGCAUCAGCAGCAGCAGCAGCAGCAGCAGCCAUCCUAGUAGCAAUGACGAAAGAGUGAAGAGGAAGGGCGGGUUGCAGGCGGCAGCUGGGCACGCGGCUGCGAUUAGUGCGGAUGGGACCGUUGAGACGACGGCGACGGCGACGGCAGCCUCCAGUGAGUCGUUCCUCUCCGCCCUUCUGCAGCACGCCGACACACGUGUGGAGGUGUGGCGCUGCAUGGUGCCCCUGUCUCGCCUGUAUCCCCGCAUGGUGCACAGCGAGUUUGACUUGCUCAUGUCCGCCUCGGUCCGCGUUGUGACGGCGCUCACGAACUGGGAGGCAGGCGAAGCAGCUGCGGAGAAGGCCGCGUUGGAGGCGAAGACUGCUGAAGAAAAGGUAACGGGCGAGGAGCACGGUAACGGGACACCGCGUGGUGAUCAACAGCAGCAGCAGCAGUGCGCAGGCCUGCCUCUCUCCGCCAAUCCCGCCCGCGUCGCUUCUGAGUGCGCUAUUCAUCAAGACCCAAACAACAAGAGCAGCAGUGGGAACGGCCAAGACGAUGCCAACAUCACGCCGGCUGAACAUGCGGUGACCUCCACCACCACCGCAACUAUCAACGCGUCUUCUUCGUCCCUUCUGUCACGUCUCCGCCCUCCUCCAACGACUUCUCCUGAGACGCUCGCGGAGUGUCUGCGGACGUGGCUGCACUUCAUGGGCUACAUCUGGAAGUCCUUCGACGACAACGCGUGCGACCCGGCACUCAGCCCAGAGGGUCAGCGAGACCGCGCCACCCUCGCGCAGAAGCGACGCAUUCACGCGGAGCUGCUCCGCCCAGCAAUGCGGCUGCGACGGUGCGGCGAGGACGUGCGAACCAUGACGCUGCGCUGCACGGCGCAGAUCGGCGACGACUACCUGUCCACCAUCACCGACCGCACCCUCGGCGAGGAGCUCGUGCGCUACGUGCAGACCUGCAUCGCCGACCCGCAGCCACGCGUGCGCGGGGAGGCGCUCACGACACUCGGCAUGUGGCUGUGGCAGUACCCGUCGAUGGAUGCCUUUGCGUGUGAGGCGAUCGACAACGCGGUGCACUCCGUCACGGUGGACCCGAACGCGCUGGUGCGCACCAAGGCCGCGUUUGCGCUGUCAAACAUCACAGGACGGCUGCCCGAGGGCACCUGCCCUGCCGUGCGGGACUCCGCCGACUACAUUGCGACGCUCUGCGCGACCGCCAUGCACGCGGCUGUGAUUGACAGCGAGGGCGGUGUGCAAGGCCACGGGAUCCGCAUGAUGAACCACCUGCUGCAGGUGCUCAAUUUUGAAGAGCUCAUCAGCGAGGUCGUGGGCUUUGACGAAGGCGUCGCGGAGGGCUUCCUGCGAGUGCUGCUGCAGUGCCUGCGUGCAGCAACGCGGGGUGCGAACCCGAAUAGCAGCAGACAGCAACAUCGCCCGAGUGCAGACGGCGGUGGCGGUGGCGGUGGUGCGAGCUGGUACGCUGCCCCGCGAGAGGCGAAACAUCGCUGGAAUGCAGCGUGCGCACUAGGCAUGGGUUUGGCUCGCGAGGAAGUCUUUGAGGCGGAGCCGAAGUACGCCGUGGAGGCCGUUGACGCCCUCUGCACCGCCGUCGUGCGGGAUCAGAUCUUUAAAGUGCGCACGCAGGCCGCCGUGGCGCUCGGGCGUAUCCCUGGCAACUGCCUCUGCGGUGCCUACAGCGCAGAGGAUCUGACCCCCAAGGUCGUGCGCUCGCUGUGUGAAGCGCUCGAGACCGCCACGUCGACGGAGAACUUCAGGCAGUACAAGGAGCAGGGUUCGCUGCACGACGCCCUGCACGGUGCGCUGGCGACGAUGUUCACCACCGCGAAGCCGAGCGUUGCUCUGGACAAGGUCUUCACGAGCUACCAGAAGCUGUUGCAGAAGGAGCUGCUGCUGUAG